GUCGACCCUCGUCAGCAGAUCGAGGAUCUCCAUGACGCCGUGACCUGGAUCAAGCAACAUCCUCUGGUCGACGAGACCAAGAUCGCAUUGUGGGGAUUAUGUUGGGGAGGAACGUCACCCUUGCGGCGACUGCAUUUGAGUACCAAGCGUGUGGCGGCCACCAUAGCCAUGGCACCCAUGAUCAACACGGACGGCAGCGCCGAGAGGCGCAAGCCGCUGUUGGAGCUCGCCAUGCACGACCGUGAGAGCCGGCUGCGCCAGGCGGGCCAGAGCCCCAUGUACCUGCCCUACAUUGACGAGGACGGCAACAUGCCCAACGGGCAGGAGAUGGCGCCCGAGAUCGUCCCCGCGCUCGAGCGGCUCGGCAUCGCCCUCGAGAACCGCAUCUCGGUGCAGACGUACUACUAGUGCCUGGGGUGGAGCCUGCUCCACGUCGUCAAGUACGUCACGCCCACGCCGGCCAUGAUGGUCACGCCCGAGCUCGACGAGACGAGUCCCCUGGACAGCCAGCUUCAUUGCUUCACCCAGAUGGGGUACCCAAGGAGUUGGAUAUCUUGAAGGGAAGUGGUCAUUUGGACUGGAUGUUCAAGGAUCUAGAGCAGAUUCUGCGCAGGCAGUUUGACUUUCUGAAGAGACACAUGGAGUUCUGAGGGAGUUUUAUUACUA